AUGUACAGGUUUAUUAACAAUUGUAGAGUUAAAAACAGAAGAUUAUCUAUAAGUUUAGAUGAUGCGCAAUCCUCUAAGAGUAAUCAUAUUCUCGCAUUGACAAUCAAUGAAUUACAGCAUGCACAUGAUGUAUUAAUUAAGCUAGUACAAAACGAGACUUUCUCGCAGGAAUUAAAUUUGUUGAAUUCUAAUCAAGACAUAAAUAAGUCGAGUAAACUACUGAAUCUAAGUCCUUUUAUUGAUAUGCAAGGCAUAAUUAGAGUAGGGGGUAGGUUACGGAAUGCGAAUUUAUCAUUUGAUAAAAAACACCCAAUAAUCUUGCCAAAAAAUCACCCUCUAACAAAAAUGAUAAUUCGGCAUUUUCACAUAGUAAAUUUGCAUGCUGGGGCUCAGGCAACUCUUGCCGCUAUUCGUCAUUCUUAUUGGAUAAUAGCUGGGCGUAACACAAUACGAUCCGUUUUACACAAGUGCAUUACCUGCUUUCGAGCAAAACCCACAAUAGCGCACCAAAAGAUGGGUGAUCUGCCAGAACCACGUCUUGAGCCUGUACGUCCGUUUUUUAAAACAGGUGUGGAUUAUUGUGGACCCAUUUUUAUUAAAGAAAGCCGAGGCCGCGGUAAAGGUAGUACCAAGGCAGUACACCUAGAGUUGGUAAGUGACUUGACGUCCGAAGGUUUCUUGAACGCACUUAGGCGUUUUAUGUCUCGUAGAGGUCAAGUAAAAGAGUUGCAUUCGGACAAUGCUACAAAUUUUGUCGGUAGUAAAAAUCAGUUAAAAGAGUUAAGGGACAUUUUAAAAAAUGAUAUCAGUAAGAGUACCAUUAUUAACCAUUUGGCAAAUCAAAACAUUAAAUGGUGUUUUAUUCCGUCGAGAACGCCAAAUUUCGGUGGCAUUUGGGAGGCCAAUAUUAAAAUAGUAAAAUCUCACAUGAAAAGUGUUAUUGGUGAACAAAUUUUGACCUUCGAAGAAAUGCACACGUUUCUGACAAGAAUAGAGGCUUGCCUCAAUUCCCGUCCACUAACCCCUCUUUCCUCUGAUCCCAACGACCUCGAAGCUCUAACUCCGGGCCACUUUUUAAUUGGAGAAGCGUUGACGGCGCCGGUAGAGAUCAACCUAGACGACGUCAGACUCAAUCGCUUGAGUCGUUGGCAAAUGGUGGAGAAGAUGAGGCAGCACUUCUGGAAACGAUGGUCCCGAGAAUACGUUGUCCAACUACAACAGCGCAACAAAUGGAAGAUUGAGACAGCGGCGGUCCAACCUGGAGCUAUGGUACUGCUCGUUGAAGACGGCCUUCCCCCGUUGCAUUGGCCACUCGGUCGCAUCCAGGAGGUGCACCACGGCAACGAUGGUCUUUGCCCAUGGACGAUGACAAAAACAUGUGAAGGUGCGUUCCAGAAAAAUAAGUCUGCGGACUUAACAAGUGAAAGUGCGUUCCAGAAAAAUAAGUCUGCGGACUUAACAAGUAAAGGUGCGGUCCUGAAAAAUAAGUUUGCGGACUAUUUUAAGGACGUCAAGGGGGGCGGCGAUGGUACGUCUCACUUUACGGUUAUUACACCCUACCGGUCCAACGACCUUGAAGGACUGAGGGACGAAGGGAUUAGUGUUUCCCCCUUAGACAGUUAUCAUCAUCUGGACAUCAUCGAGACUUAUUUCUCCCGACAUAAGAAUUCUUUGUUGUUUCAAGUUUCACGAGAGUGUAUGGCGAAUUUAAAGUUUAAUAUCAGAGUCAUAGAAAUUGAACAUUCAAAUGGAAUUGAGGUAAACAACACAGAAACACGUGGCGGAAGCGGAGUGCGCGGUUCCUUGUCGAGCUGGCAGUCGCGCCAUCUGCACAAACGACGCAGUUCUUGA